UGGGAAAGGCUGAUCUUCUUCUCUGCCUCCACCUUUCGAGUCUUCCUUCCAUUUCGGUUUCCAUAAAGAUUGACAGUCACCAUGGCAACAAAGGUGCUACCAUUUUACCAAAAGAGACACAAACACUAUGGCUAUGAUUACCGCAACCUUGACACCCGAUCAGUUGUGAAGAAGUACACCAGCAAAAGCAGUGUAUCCAAAAGGUCUAGAUCAUCACUUGAGACUUCCUUAUCCAGACACAGUCCUUGUGCUAAAAGGGUUUGUCAGUAUGCUGAAGAAGAAGUUCCUGAAUACUCAGUGCCUCCAUUUCGGAGCAGAGAGGGUGAAGAGGAAGAAGUCAAGCCUAAACCAAGAAUAUUUCUAUAUGGUACAAAACUACGGGAGAUGGAGGCUGAGAUUUCUAAACUCAAAAGGUCUGCACAUGAGCAAGCAGACAUGUUAGCUCUGAAGAGGAUGGAAGAAGAAAGGUUAGCUGUGCAGAGACAUGUCCGUGAGGAUUCCAUAUGCCGUGCUCCUGAAUUUCUUGUCCGGUUAAGAUCCCAUACAGUUUGGGAGAACUCCUUUGUAAAAUUGUUCUGCACUGUUCAGGGUUUUCCAACCCCGUUAGUCAGAUGGUAUAGAGAUGAUGUCUAUAUUGAUCAGACAAGUGAACCAACCAAGUACAGGAUGGAUAGCUACUACGGAGUUCACUCUUUGGAAAUUAAUAGAUGCGCCACAAGUGACACUGCUCAAUAUACUGCCUUGGCGUUUAAUAUUCAUGGAGAGGCAUCAUCAAGUGCCACUGUCAUUGUUAAACGUUUUCGAGGAGAUGAAGAGCCUUACCACUCUGUUUUGCUCCCUUUGAACUUACCUCUGUUGUCACCUCCAAUUUUCACACACAUAGAUAUUGAAUAUAGUGAGAAAUUUGGUGUGAGCUUUGGCACUGAGGGAGAGACAAUGAUAUUAUCCUGCCGGAUGAUCCUUACACCAAACCUUCGCCGUUUACAGCCAGAAGUUGUGUGGUACAGAGAUGAUGUUGAAAUAAAGAAGUCCAAGUGGGCUGUAAUGCAGUACGGUGACUGCACUGCCACGCUGACUCUACCUCAUCUGAAUAAAGAUGAUGAAGGACUGUACACAAUACGUUUGAUAACGAGAGGUGGCAUUUCCCAGCACAGCGCUUAUCUAUUUGUCCGAGAUGCAGCUGCCCCAAUGGUAGGAGCUCCAGGAGCCCCGAUGGAUGUCACAUUUUAUGAUGCUAACAAGGAUUAUGUCAUCCUCACCUGGAAACCUCCAAACGUAACCAAAGAGAGUCCUGUGAUUGGCUAUUUUGUUGACCGGUGUGAAGCUGGAAGUGAUAACUGGAUUCAGUGCAAUGAUGCCCCAAUUAAAAUUUGCAAAUAUCCUGUGACUGGUCUGUUUGAAGGACGUUCCUAUAUUUUCCGUGUGCGAGCAGUAAAUAAGAGUGGCAUCAGCAGACCCUCCAGAAUUACUAGUGCAGUGACAGCCCUUGACCCUGCUGAUUUGGCUAGGCUGCAAACUAUUUAUUUUGAUGCAAGUCGACAAAUUGUUGUAAGCCAAGAUGAGCUGGAAGGGGAUAUAAAACCCCCAGGUAUACCUACAAAUGUCCAUGUAGCUGAAACCAGCAGGAAUUACAUUGUACUCAGCUGGGAUCCACCUGAGCCACGUGGCCGAGAACCACUGACGUAUUACAUUGAAAAGACCAUGGCUGGCAGUGCAUCUUGGCAAAGGGUCAACCAAGAGAUUGCAGCAAGAUCCCCACGUUUUGCUAUAUUUGACUUGGCUGAAGGAAAAUCCUAUGAAUUCCGUGUUUUUGCUGUGAACAAGUUUGGUAUGAGCCAGCCAUCAGCAUCUUCUGGACCAGUUACAGUUCAGGAGCGCAUUGAAAUUCCAGCUUCGCCCUCUGGUGUUCGAUGUGCAAGAAACACAAAGCAUUCGAUUGUUGUGCAUUGGACACCUUCAAAAAGUGCCAAAGACCUGAUUGGCUAUUACAUUGAUUCCAGCCUGGUGGGAACCAAUGACUGGCAGCCCUGCAAUCACAAGCCUGUGAAAUACACAAGAUUUGUUGUUCAUGGUCUAAAGAAUGGACAUAAGUACAUCUUCCGUGUGAAGGCAGUUAAUGCUUUGGGAACAAGCGAGAUGUCUCAAGAAUCAGAUCCUAUUACUGUCCAAGCAGCUCUGACUGCCCCAUCAUCACCUUAUGGUAUAACUCUCCUUGACUGCACAAACGACUCCAUGACACUGGGCUGGAAGGCACCACGGUUUACUGGCGGCUCAGAUAUCAUCGGAUACUACAUGGAUCACCGUGAAAUCACUGACCUACAUUGGCAUGAAAGCAACGUCAAACCAAUCACUGGAAGAGUUUUCAAAGUUGAAAAUCUGAAAGGAGGCUCUUUCUACGAGUUUAAAAUCAGUGCUAUGAACAUGGGUGGUGUUGGCGUCCCUUCAGAUUCCAGUCGGGCUUUCAAGUGUGAGGCAUGGACCAUGUCAGAACCAGGGCCACCUUAUGACUUGACAUUCUGUGAAAUAAGAAAGCAUUCUCUUGUGAUCUUGUGGAAGGCACCAAUUUACACUGGCAACAGUGAUGUUACAGGCUACACUGUGGAUAUCUGCGAGACAGAUUCUGAUGAAUGGAGAGCUAUAACGGAGAAAGAGGUAUCCACUCGCUAUUUGAAGGUUACUAAUUUAGAGGAAGGAAGAAGCUACAGUUUCAGAGUCCAUGCUGUGAAUACAGCUGGUCAGGGCAGACCCUCUGAGCCUUCCGAACCCAUCCUCAUUCAAGUCAGGCCAGGAACAAAGGAAAUCACAAGUGGUGUUGAUGCAGAAGGUAAUAUCUACUUGAGCUUUGAGUGCCAUGAUAUGACUGAUGCCUCCCAGUUUACUUGGGGCAAAGCCUAUGAGGAAAUAACUGAUUUCUCAAAGGUCCACGUUGAAACAGAUGGUGAAAAGUCUAAAUUAAUCUUCAAACAUCCUGACAUGGCAGAUUUAGGAACAUACUCUGUGGCAGUAUCAGAUACUGAUGGCAUCUCUUCCAGUUAUAACCUAGAAAAGGAAGAAUUGGAACGCCUGUUGGCUUUGAGCCACGAAAUCAAACAUCCAACAAUCCCAUUGAAAAGUCCUUUGUCCUACGAGGUUUUCGACAAAGGCCAAGUUCGAUUUUGGCUUCAGACAGAGAGUGUGUCGCCCAAUGCUACUUGUAAAUUCAUUGUCAAUGACUUGGAGCUGGCUGACAGUAAGGAUCACAAGAUUACUUUUAAUAAGUCUACUGGUAUGAUUGAGAUGGUGAUGGAGCAGUUCACAAGUAAGAAUGAAGGAACUUACACUGUCCAAAUACAGGAUGGCAAGGCCAAAAAUCAGUCCGCUCUGGUUUUGAUUGGGGAUGUAUUUAAGGCUGCCCUGGAGGAAGCGGAGUUCCAGAGGAAAGAAUUCUUGAGAAAACAAGGGCCUCAUUUUGCAGACUACCUGUCGUGGCAUGUGACUGAGGAUUGCAUUGUUGAGUUGAUAUGCAAGGUGGCAAACACGAAGAAGGAAACGGUGUUCGGUUGGUACAAAGAUUAUGUAGCUGUUCCUGCUGAGGAGCCACCUAACCCCCAGACAGGAGAAAGCAAGCUGUCAAUUCCUGAGUUCUCUAGAAAGGAUAUGGGCGAGUACAAGAUGACGCUGAAAGAUGACAAAGGGCAGGAUGUUACAGUACUGGAGGUGGCUGGCAAAGUGUAUGAAGAAAUUGUCCAGGAAAUUAGCAGAAUUAGUGGGUCUUCUGCUUCUGAACUGAAGAUAAAAUGCACCCCAGAAGGGAUCAGACUUCAGUCCUUCUUGAAGUACUACAUGGAGGACAUGAAGGUUUUCUGGUAUCACAAAGAGUCAAAGAUUGCAUCAUCUGAAAAGAUGAGAAUUGGAGGAAGCAGUGACCAGGUUUGGAUGCAGAUCUGUGAGCCAAAUGAUCGAGACAAAGGCAAAUACACAAUGGAGAUAUUUGAUGGCAAAACCUCAUAUAAACGACAUCUUGACCUUUCUGGAGAGGCUUAUGCUGAGGCAUACACAGAAUUCCAGAGGCUGAAAGCUGCAGCUUUUGCAGAGAAGAAUCGUGGCAAAGUAAUAGGAGGAUUGCCAGAUGUAGUAACUAUAAUGGAAGGCAAGACACUGAGCCUCACAUCCACUGUCUUUGGGGAUCCGACUCCUGAGGUGACCUGGCUCAAGAAUGACAAAGAUCUCGAACUGAAUGAUCAUCACUACGCGUCUCUGGAGCAGGGAAAAUAUGCUUCCCUGACCAUCAAAGCUGUCACCACGGAGGAUUCGGGAAAAUAUGGCAUUAAUGUCAGGAACAAAUAUGGCGGCGAGACAAUUGAUGUCACUGUAAGUGUGUAUAAACACGGCGAGGAGAUACCAGUGGUGAAAAGAGGAGUUCAACCUCCAGAGCAAGCAAAGGCCUCCCGUGCAGAACCUUCUAAACCAGAAGCAUCUAAGAGUUCAAAGUUUGGUAGAAGAAAGUAACACAAGUAAUGGUUCAAUGUGGGUAUUUACUGUAAACUUAGCUUGAACUGCAGUGAACAACUAAAUUACAAGUGAGCUUUAUGUAGUAAAUAGGAUUUUUGAGUUAAGGGCUGAGGGAAACCAAUAAUUUGUUCCUCAUUGCAUCAUAAAAUAUUUUUCAUUAGAAGAUAGAUCUUAAGUGCUAGUAGAGGAAAUAAAUUUGUUUUGUUGCUCCCAGCAAACGCUGAUGAUACACGUCAAGAAAAUCCACAUCUCCAGCUCAUGACUUUCUGUACGUUAAUAUUGCUUAGUUCCUCAACAGGCAUUGUGCGGAUCUAUUGAGGCAUAGAGUCUCGUUUUCGGUUUAUUUUUCCGCUAAUGGUCACAAGAUCCGGGAUAUUUACAGAGGAAUGGAAUUUGUUGUUAUAAUGGCAAGUUUAGCAGCAGAUCUGAAUAUAACAGUUUAAAUGAACUUCAUUUUACUUUUGCAACGAAUUAGAGAUUCUUCUGAUUUGACAAUACUGUUUCAGGAUGAGGAACGUACAGAACUUGUCCGAAUUAAUUGUUACUUUCAGGGGCUUUAAUGUAGCAAUAUAUAUAUAUAUCACCAAUGACUAGAAUUCACUCCUCCUGUAACCAUCACGUGACUAAUAUCUACCAAGUUGCUGUGCUUUGUUUAUCGUGCUAUGCACCAAUAAAA